GUCGAAGUUAACGCUCGCGAGGUUUUAAUAAUUUCUAACUAUCGGUGUAGAAAGUCUCUGUUAUUUAUUUCGUCAUUUAAAAAUGUGCCGUAGUGACGCACAUCACCGAAAAUUAAGUUAUAGUGUUGGGAUGAAACAAUAUACUGUUAGCUUCAGUUAUGAACAACCAGACCUGACAUCCACGACCACAUCGUCGACGUCGUCCGAUCUAUUUUUGACUUUAGAAUUUGGAAGUAAAAAUUUUAAUUAUGAAUGACAGUGCGUCGCCUGCUGUGGCCCGUAUUCUGGCCAGCAUAUCACAGGAAUCGUUGUGGUUAGUCAUCACGGAGUACCUGAUCCCAUUGACAUUUGCGUUUCGUUUCAUCGCAGAGAUUGUUCUGUUCAUCACCAUCGAUGGCAUAGCGAAAAGUUUUCUCAGCCGAACAAGGACUUCAUUGCAGAGACGUCAAAUCUGGUUGUACGAAGCUCUCAUCCUUCUUUUAAUUAGUGGGCUGAUUACAAUUUACAUUCACCAGCCAUUUGUUUUAUGGGCUUUAAUUAUCUGUACAUUUGGAUGUUCUAUGUUACAUAAGGACCAGAGGCAAUAUAAUCAGUUUCACGCUGAGAAAAACGUUUACAGUAGCAAGCCUGUCAACUACUACCAAGAUAGUCUGCAAAAAAACCUCUCUUCAGAGAUUGUUAGACGUCCAUUACUUCCUCGACCAGGAAUUGCACGGCAAAGAAGUCCUAUACUAAUUGGUGAAUCAUGGACAUCCCCGCAGAAGAGCCCACCUCCUGAUGAAGCACCUCCUACAAAAGUCACUGGUGUGCAUAAACAGGUCAAUCGUUAUACUCCAUCUUUCACUAAUUGGUUCUCCUAUUUCAAACCUGCUAACACUCCACCCGGACUCCAAAACAGAGGACAAAAUUUGUGCUUUAUGAACUCUGUCUUACAAUGUUUGGCACAUACGCCUCUAUUGGCUGCACAUUUUGCAAACCAAGUUAGACCCCUAUCUGCCAACCAAUUGGAGUCUGCAUUGGUAGCUGCUGUUGGUAAUUUACUUGAGGUCUUGAACGUUUUGCCUGGAACCACCACAAGUGCAGCAAUUAGCACUACUGCUUUCAGAAGUGCCACUAACAGAAUGAUGCCCAGUUUGAUUGCCAAUCCAGACGUUGGAUCACAAUCUCAGCAAGAUGCCUCAGAGUUCUUAACAUGGUUGUUGAGUGCACUGCAAACCAUCUUAAAUAAUAAAUACACACUUCAAAAUGUUGUCUCUGACACCACAAAUACUGGUAACAUGUUGAAAUUUGUCUAUGGUGAUUUGAGUGAUGAAAGAGUAAGAGAGUUGAAAGAACUGUGUCAAAAAACAAUAGAAAACGCAAAUGGUCUUAACAAUGACUCUUAUGCUGACGCCAUAACAAUGCUAUCAGAUUUAGAAUGGUUGGUGUAUUGUCGUCAGAAUAACUCCAUAAUUGAUGAAAUGUUCACUGGACAGUUUGUGGAUGUACGGUUUUGUUGCAAAUGUAGUCAUAUAUCAGUGAGUACCGAGCCUUUCACCGUACUACCAGUAGCAGUGCCUGAACAAGUAGCAUACAGAGACCAGGUAAAGCUCAAAGAUUGCAUCGCUACAUUCAGCAGCACGGAGGAGCUUUCUGGUAGGGACAGUCUUGUGUGCUCUCACUGCUGUUGUUCACGCGAAAAAUCAACACCUAGGAGAUCUGAGAGAUUACAACAAAUGGGUAAAACCAGUCUGGAUUCAAAGGAGCUUGCAGAAGAUGAAAAAAUGGAGAGCUAUGCGAGCGAGUCGCCUAUUUCUGGUCAGCGCAGAUCACUACUGCGACAGCUCCCUGAAUGCCUGAUAGUCCAACUAAUGAGAUUUCGAUAUGAUUCACUGCGAUGCCGCACCUACAAAAAACACACACCAAUUACAAUACCACUUAAUGAACUUGACUUGAGUAAUCUGAUACUGGACACAGUUACAAACCGAGAACCAGUUAUUAACCUCAGAUCUGCGUAUUAUUUAUAUUCCCUAUGUCUACAUCUCGGAGGUCAGAGUGCGUCUUGUGGUCAUUAUGUUGCUUACAGCAAGGCUCUCGAUGACAAUUGGUACAAAUUUGAUGAUGACUACGUAACCAUGGUAUCCAACAUGGAGGACGAGUGUAAUAAUGAUGUUAUCAAGGAAAAUGCUUAUUUAUUGUUUUUCAAAAGGAAGUAA